UCCCGCGUCUUCGUCUACUUCUGGCCCCCGCACAACGGCAACCCUCAUGACCUGCUGGACAUCAAGCAGAUGAGGGACGAGAGUAGCCGUCCCGUGGUCAAGAAGAUUAAGCCAGGCAUCUCUGUGGUGGCAGGCAGAGCCGAGGAUCUGCUGGGAUCCCCCAGCCACGAGGGGAAGGGGACCCGGCUCAUCCUGAGCCUAACGAGAGAUGAUGAAGGACUCUGUGAGGUGGUGGGGUGCUUGCGAAAGGAGAGGGCAUGCAGCUGGGGUCUCAAACAAAUAGAUGAAAUACUACUAACCUCCAGUCUCCGAAAACACGCUGGAUGCAGUGAGGGGGUUCGUGGGGCUGGGUACAAGGUGUAUGCAGCAGGAUUCCUGUCGUCUCUUGUGCCCCUGCAAAGGAGCGACUCUGGUGAAGACUGCUUGGUGUCUGUCUCUCUUCUGUACCCUUGCAGGCAGCAGGCUGCAAUUCUGGAGGACUUGGUGACAAAUGUGCCUCUGGAGUUUGAUUUCCUCUUCUCCAAAUCACAUGCAGAAGUGAUUUCAGGAAAACAGGAAGGUGUCUACGCUUGGAUUGGCAUCAACUUUGUCCUGGGGAGGUUUGAGCACGAGGAUGAGGAGGAUGCAGUGGUCACCGUGGCGCUAGGGGACCAGGCCGAGUCCCUGGUGCGGAAACGAACGGUCGGGAUCCUGGACAUGGGGGGUGCCUCCCUGCAGAUCGCCUACGAGGUGCCCAGCUCUGGAGCCUUCUCCUCCCCACAGCAGGAAGAGGCUGCCAAGAGCCUGCUGGCAGAGUUCAACCUGGGCUGUGACGUGCAGCACACUGGCCACGUGUACCGUGUCUACGUCAACACCUUCCUGGGCUUUGGGGGCAAUUUUGCUCGGCAGCGCUACGAGGAGCUUGUGCUGAACCAGACCUAUGUGCACAACCACCUGCAUGGCCAGCAGACAGGGCUGAGCCCUGAGACACCGUUCCUGGACCCCUGCCUGCCUGUGGGACUGGAGGACAGGGUGGCAAGGGGCGCUCAAACCCUGCAUGUGCGUGGACAAGGGGACUGGCAGACCUGCACAGAGCUGCUGCACCCCCUUCUGAUGGGGCCCAACAGCAGCCAGGCCUCCCUGGUGGGGGCCUACAAAGCACCCAUCGACUUCAGCAACAGCGAGUUUUACGGCUUCUCUGAGUUUUUCUAUUGCACCGAGGAUGUGCUGCGCCUAGGGGGGCGCUACGAUGCCCCCACUUUCACCUCUGCUGCCCAGGAGUACUGCAGGCAGAGCUGGGCCGUGCUGACGCAGCGCUUCCACAAUGGCCUCUACUCAUCACACGCGGACCAGCACCGAGUCAAGUACCAGUGCUUCAAAUCAGCCUGGAUGUACCAAGUCCUUCACCAGGGCUUCCGCUUCCCCCUGGACUACCCUAGUCUGCGCACAGCCCAGCUGGUGUACGACCGGGAGGUGCAGUGGACGCUGGGAGCCAUCCUCUACAAAACACGUUUUCUGCCACUCAGGGAUCUCCGGCCAGAGAGCGUCCGGCAAGCACAUACCUCCUGGCUGCGCCUCUCUUUUGUCUACAACCACUAUCUCUUCUUUGCCUGCAUCCUGGUUGUAGCGCUGGCCAUAGUCCUCUACCUCCUGCGGUUGCGCCGCAUCCACCGCCGGCAGUUGCGGUCUGCCCAGCUUGACAUGCUCUGGCUGGAUGAGGUGGUGUUGCUGCCACCAGGCCAGGGAGAUGGGCUGUGACACCAGCAGUACCCCCUGUCCAGUUGCAGCAGAACCAGUACCAGGACUGGAUGACAGCGCCCUGGGCUCUGAGGGCUUGGACUCUUUCUUGAAAAUGGCCUCAGUGCUGCACUCUAUCUCCGUGUCAGAGGCAGAGCCUGUGGGCCAAGGCAGCUACGGACACCGGAGCCUUCCUCUCUGCUGCUCCUCUGCCCUAAUCAUUGCAUUCCCUGGCCUCUGGCCUUCUCCUUGCUACAACACAUAGAGCAAAGUCCUUUGCUGCCAGCAGGCCCAAGGCUGCAGCCCUUGCUGGCUCCCUCAGAUAAGCAGGAGUCAGAAUCGCUGAAGCAGCCAACCCAGGGCCAUGGCCUGAAGCACUGGGCCACCUCAUGACUCAGCCACUUUUGCCAGGUGGCCUGACACGGUGCUAUAGUUCUUCAUCACCUAGAUAUGGCCUUCCUGUAGCUCAUUAGGAGUACAAGAGCUCAAAAACAGGAAGCCAGCAAGGCUACCGCAAGAACUACGUGAGCCCAGUGGCCAUAUGUGGCUUAGAGCUCCAAGGAGCUGUUCCAUCAGGCCUGGCCCCUCUCAGAACAUUCCUCACCAGGGGAAGAGAUGUUCAGCUAUUGCCUGUAUCCUCCCCUUCUCCUUGUUUCAUCCUCUCACAGUCCUAGGUGAUGCCCCAGGCUCAACUCUGAGGGCUCAGGGGCUGUUUCCUAACAGAGGUACCACCAAAGGUGGUUGCAUUUCUUCUCAUUCCCUUCUAAGCAUGUGUUUGCCCUGUGGUGUCCCACAGGCUAUUCAGGCACUAGUGCAAGAAGGACCAGUGGUUCUUCCCCCUGUGAGUGCAGGCUGGGCCUGCCUACAGGGCACUCCAGCCCAGCUUCCUGCCCCAGGGCAACGCUGGGUGGUGGCAGCUGGCUGCUGCCUCCCUCUGUGCACAGGCACAGCAAUCCCUCUGCCCCGGUGCUACAGCUCUGAUGACCUAAUGAAGUUCUUCAGUUUAUACUUGAACUUAGCUGUUCCUAUUCCUGUAGCAAUAAAAUAAUUAUGAGCCAUCCAGUGCUAGAUUAGUCUCCUUUUCCAGUGAGUGCCUACCCGGCAGUGACAGGUCAUGGUUGGCAACAUGGCUGGGCCUCCACACCCCUGCAUAGCAUUGUUUUGUGGUGCUAGGGACUUGACCCCAUCAUGGAAUGAUUAAGCUGCUCUGUUAUUAGCUGCCCUCUGCACUUCCAGCAUGCAGCAGAGCUUGCAGCAGUAAGGGAAGCUUUGAUCCAAACUAAACUGUUGUCAUGAUCCUUAGAGAGAGCAGUCCUUGAUGUGCACCCCACUUCCACCUGAGAGAAGAUGUCAAGCCAGUCCAUGCAGAGCCUAAGUCCCUAGGAGGGCAGCUUCCUGCUUUCUACCUUCUGGGGCCAGUCUGGGGCUGCCUGGACUGUAGGCAUUGCAUGGGAAACAGGCUCCUAAGCUUCCCCAGCUCCCACAGCCAUUGGCUUUCAACAGUAGAGCUUAGUCCUGCACAACUGCCCCCCACCAGGGAGGCCAGGCACAUUCCCCCAUCUUCUAACCCAUGCUGUUGUCUAGCUAUGGCCUCACUCCCAAGGCAAUACUGCACAGGUGGAAGCAAGGACAAAACAGGCUGUGCACUGCUGGCUGUGCUUGCCUCUUCUUCCACUGAGGAUCCCUGCAAAGGGACAGCCUUAUUCUCAUCCUGCAACAACAGUGGUGGUGGGGGAAUACAUCAAGAUAAAACUAAGACUGUUCCUCAGCCUCAGAGCAGCAAGUGACUACAACUUCCAGCAUCACUUAUUAGAAAAGGAUUUAUUUCCACAACACAAAUAUAACAAACAGACAAAUAAAUAAAUACAGAUUAAUUAUCUGAUAAAUAAAGAACAAGACCUAGUCAUACUACUUGAUACAGAUACAAUGUUCUUCCCCGAACACUGACACAGGCAAGAAGAAUAGUACCUAGAUACUACUCUGCUUAACCCUCAGUGCUCAGGCAGAAGACAGCAGCAUCCCUUCACCUCCAGCUUGAUCUGGCUGCCUGGCAGCAGAACCCUCUGCCCUACACCUGCACCAUCUCCUUCUUCAUGCCCAAGAGGGUCAGCCCUCCCUUCUCCCGUCCAUAGCCAGAACCUGUCUUAGCAAGGACGACUCCACUGCAAGCCCAGGCUCACAAAGGGGACUGAACAUGGGAUGCCUCAGGCUGUUGUCCUCUCAUGCACAGGGGGAGCCAGGGCCCAAAGAAGAGAUGAAGGAUACUGUAACUAACUUGGGGAGGGGAGCAGGAUUU